UUUAUUUGCAUAUAUUGUAAGUUGUUGAUUCAGAUUUUCACCUAAUUUAAGGGAGGAAAGUUCCCAGCUACUUCUUUGUAUGUUCCCAAGUAGAGCAUAGAACAAGGAAGGAAAUUGCUUGAUGAUGCUUACCAAUUGUUACAUAUAUAAUAAAUUAAGGGGGACAGAGACUUUGAAGUACACAAUUUCUCCAAUAUAUAAUUCAUGAAUAAUUCAAGCUUUCAUUUUAUUAAUCACGGUCAUCUACAUGUUUUAAAAUCUUUCUUCAGCAGUCUAAUUUGACCCACCUACACCUUUUUCACACACUGUUUUGUUCAACAUACAUGUCCAUGACCCAGAAAAAAGAUUGAAGAAAUUCCCUGCAACUUCUUAUCAUGUGCAUUCUCUCUGUAAAUAUUAUAGAGGGGGAGAGAUAUUUGUAGGUAUCAUAAUCACACCGAUAAAUUUUGCAUUCACAAAUUAGCAAGCCUCAAUGGAUGCGAUUGCUGCUGCUGCUUCUUCUUCGCCUCGAUGGAAUUAUGAUGUCUUCUUGAGUUUUAGAGGUGAAGAUACCCGCAAGAACUUUGUGGACCAUCUCUAUGUGGCACUGCAACAGAAAGGAAUUUGCACCUUCAAAGAUGAUGAGAAACUUAAGAGAGGAAAAUCAAUUUCUUUGGAGCUCCUCAAGGCAAUUAAGGAAUCGAAAUUUGCAAUCAUCAUUUUUUCGAAAAACUACGCAUCGUCCACUUGGUGUUUGGAUGAACUCGUACAGAUCAUUGAAUGCAGGAAUAAAGUGGGACAAACAAUUUUGCCAAUUUUCUAUGACGUCGAUCCCUCGCAAGUACGGAAACAAAAGGGAAGUUUUGCAGCAGCAUUUGCCAAACAUGAGGAAAAUUUUGGAGAGGAGGACAAGGAAAAGGUGCAAAAGUGGAGGGCAGCUUUGGUAGAGGCGGCAAAUUUAAGCGGGUGGGAUUUGAACGAUGUAGCAAAUGGGCAUGAGGCGAAAUUUAUCCAAAAAAUUGUUCAAGAGAUUAUAAAAAAAUUGGAACAUAUACCAUUAUAUGUUGCCAAGUAUGAAGUGGGGAUAGAUUCUCGUGUCAACGAAGUGAUUGCUUUGCUAAAUAAUGGGUCAAAGGAUGUGUGCACUGUGGGAAUUUGUGGAACUGGGGGAAUAGGAAAGACAACCAUAGCCAAAGUUGUCUUCAAUCAAAUAUUUCAUCAAUUUGAAAGUUGUUGUUUCCUUAGUGAUGUGAAAGGAGUUUCAGAACAACAGAAUGGUCUAACGGAUCUGCAACAACAACUCUUGAAAGACAUCCUAAUGGAAGAUCUAAAGAUGUCUAAUGUUGACUAUGGGAUCAAUGUGAUAAAGAAAAGAUUUUGUUACAAGAAGGUCCUCGUAGUUGUUGACAAUGUUGAUAGUUCGAAGCAAUUAGAAAGUUUAGCUGGAGCAAAUGAUUGGUUUGGUUUUGGAAGUAGGAUCAUUGUAACAACCAGAAAUGAACGUUUAUUGGUGGAGCAUAAAGUAGAUGAAAUAUACAAGGUUGAGUUGUUGAAUGACGAUGAAGCUCUUCGACUUUUUAGUUGGCAUGCUUUCACUAACAGCCAUCCCUUGGAGGAUUAUUUGGAACUCUCGCGAAGUGUAAUAAAUUAUGCUCAAGGCCUUCCAUUAGCUCUUCAAGUUUUGGGUUCUUUUUUAUUUAAAAGAAGUUUAAAAGAGUGGGAACAUGAAUUGGAUAAUUUGAAAAGAAUUCCUAAUAAAAAAAUUCAUAAUGUUCUUAAGAUAAGUUUUGAUGGCCUUGAUGAUACAGAGAAGGAUUUAUUCCUUGACAUUGCUUGUUUCUUCAAAGGAUAUGAUGAAGACUAUGUAAUAGAUAUAUUGGGUAGUAAUGGGUUUUACCCACGAAUUCCAAUUCUUAUUGAACGGUCAUUGAUAACUAUCUCAUCAUACAACAAGCUGCACAUGCAUGACUUGUUACAAGAAAUGGGUAAGGAAAUUGUUCGUCAAGAAUCACCUGAUGAUCCUGGCAAACGAAGUAGGUUGUGGUUUUAUAAAGAUAUCUAUAAAGUGUUCAGAGAGAAAACGGUACGUUCUAACUCCAUAGAAGUUUAUUUGCAAUUUUGAUAUUCAAGUUUUGAAAAAGAAAAAGAAAAAAAAAAGGUUUAAUUGCUGCAUCUAAUUUUUUCCAUCUAAACAGUUGUAAACUUCGAUAAUUUUAAUGUUUUAACACUGCAUGGUAACUUACACAAUGUU